CAACGCUACCGGACGAAUCGUAUCAAUACACGAAUUUGAAAGUCUCGUAACUGUAACGUAAACUGUUGGGCUCAACGAAAAUUACAAGCAUAUGUCAAUCGGACUCGCGAAUUUCACGCGACAGUUACGAAUCUGCUUCCCCCGCCGAGCCUGUGGCUCGCGAAUACGUGUAAAUUGCGAGAUGCAUCGUUCGUACUCGGAUUUGCCGACGAUUCCGAUCCGCUUGUGAACGAGUGUGAGUGAGUCAGCUGUUAACACCGCUGGAAGCCGAUGUGACGGUUAAAGCGCCGAGAAACGAUACUGCGGCAGGAUGUGCGACUUGAUAGAUUUAAAUAGCUCCGGCUUGAAGGAUUUGGCGAAUUCGGGACUGGCGUCGCCUCUGAUCCCCGUGCCGAGGAACGUGGAGGAGUCCUCCGGCGAGCAGGUCGACGCCUCGGUAACCGGGAAGAACGGGAGUCUGGGUAGCAAUCCGUUUGAUAGCAUGCUGCACGAGACCACCGAGUACAUCAGAAGGAAAGGCGAUCCGUUCGAAGUUGUGUUGCAGCGAGCCUUGAAGUUCGAGAGCAGGAAGGACCACGCGAAGGAGCCGAUAGCGGCGCAACCGGUGAAUUUCGCCGAUGAUGAUUUUACCUUGAUACACGGGAAAGGAAUGAUGAACAGGACGCUGGAUGAAUCCUUGAUCGAGGACGGUGGGAAUUCGAUAGACGGGGAGGAAGAGGGAAUCACCAGUGUUGUUGCUGGCAACGCCGAUGUUACUUGCGAUGCGGCGGCGGAAAGUGACAAGCCUGGCCCCGAGCAGAGUAACAAAGUAACGGCCUGCAUGGAUCCGUAUGAAUUGGCGAUUUUAAAUCAAUCGGCGAUGAACGACACGUUGUUGGAAGCAGAGUUCAAGCACAAAACGGAUAGCGAAAUGUCGAUCUUUCUGGAGAAGAAUCCAUCGUUCAAGGAAUUCAUCCUUCCCGCAAGCUCGAACCUCAAAUUACGAUCGAAUCUUCAGCGUUCCUUGUCGCAGGAGGAUAGGAAGUCAGAGAAGAGGAAAUUGCAGCGCCAGGAUAGAAGGUCGCAAUUUUCAGCGGAUACAUCGAGGAAAGCUUCACAAAGCGACAGCACCGCGUCGUCCUUCCUGAACAAAGGUUUCUCGGAGAUUGAAGGGAGCCAACAGUCUGUAUUUUCAAAGAUCUCAACAAACUCGGUGUUUUCUAACUUGUCGGAUGUUCCUUUCACGUCAAGAUUGAAUUCGGUUUCAUUAUUAUCGAAUCCAUCAUCGGUAUCGUCAAAUGGCGUCAUGAACAAUGCUUUCAUAGAUAACAACAGUUUGAGGAUGAGUAACGAAAGAAUAAGUACAGAAGCUGAGAAUUCAAUGGAAAUAAAAUCAGUACAAUAUGACUUAUCUGACUUAACGGAAAGACUGAAUAAAUUAAAAUGCGCCAUUGACAGAACAACCAGUACUCUGAUUGUAAAGGAAGAGAUUGGUAAAUCUGACCUCGUGAAAGGGGAGAAUAACAAGCAAGCUAUCGAUGAUAGAUUAAUAGACAUUGAUGUAUUCGUGCCAGAACCGAGUUCCAACGAAGAACAGAAUAAAAGCAUAAAUUCCACUAACUCUUCGGAUUCUGUAUUCACUGACAGUAGCAAAAUCGAUAAGUCAAUACUGAACGAAGCUAAGGCAUUUGCGAGAACUUUUGAAGAGCUGGCUCUAAAAACAGAUUCUGCAUCUAGCUCAUCAGCAGAUGACUUAAUUUCAAACAAUCAUCUGUGGAUGUCAGAUCUUUUACCAGCGUAUGAGGAUGAAGCUGUGGAUAAUUUAAUUGAAUUGCCUAUUUCACCGGAAAAAAACUUAAAAGUCGAUAGAAGCAACGUUUCGAAGCAAUCCACAAAUAUUGAUAGCGCGGUAGAAAAUUUUUUGAAGGAGAUGGAACCACAAUUUGCUGAUGAUGUUUCUACUGUGAGGCAAACAAUGGUAACUACGUUAUUAAUGGAUCUCAAGAAAUUGAUAAAGGCGGAAAACAAUUCGCAAGCGAGCAAAUUAAUCGAUAAUCUAGAGAAUGUUUUGGGUGUGAAGUAUAAAAAUAAUACGGAAUUGUUAGCGAGUUUGAAUGCAUCCGACAAAUCAGAAAAGUUUGGCACAUCCGACGAUAAAUUGGACGAUACCAAACAAUCGGAUGAAGCAAGUAACAAAAGCCAGAAAGAGAAUGAAGAAAUAUCGUCUGUGGAUAAAAUCUGUAAUAAUGAAAAUUCACUGCCGCAUAUAAGUCAUGAAUUAGAAGAUGCGACGCAAGUUACAACUGGUCGCAGUUACAACUCAUUAACUGGAAUUUCAUCUUGUAACAAUGACAGUGAGAAUUGUUUUAAUGUCACGGAUUCACCUAAAACAGCGUUAAAGACUAGUCACUCGGACGAGAAGUUAGCGGUAGAAUUGUUGGUUAAUUUGGGGAAAUUACUGAGCGGCCAGUCUGAGGAUGCCGUGACUUUAAAAUUACUCAAAAGCAUAGGAAAGGCUUUGAACGUUGUGUCAAAUAAUUCCAAAAUCGACGGCGAAUCGCAGAUGGAUAAUGAUAACUCGCGCAAUAUUCGACGAAUUUCUUCCGUGGGAACUUCAGUGCCUGAACGUAAUACAUCUCUGUCCAGCUUAAAAAAAACCUGGCACGAACAAAGCUUCAAUUCGAAACCCCUCGAAAACACGAGAAGAAGAAGUGUUCCCACAAUUAAUUCAUCAAAUGCAAACACGCCUAUAAACUCGAAACGUAAAAGUACAUCCGAAUUGAAAAAUCGAAAGCGUUUCUCGAACAAUAUUGGACUUCUCAGUACGAUUCCAAAUAAAAACAUUCCAAUUUCAGGAGUCUCUAAUGCGAAAAUCGUGGAGACUACAGAGCUUGAUAGCAAGAACGAAAAAUCAUUAGCGAUAAUUGAUGUCAAAAAUAAAUUGAAGAAAAAAGUAGGUGCGGUCGGUAACAGGGGUCCUAUGAAAGCGGUGCAUCCUGUAGGCUCUAUGCAAAAAAAAGCAUCACUUGGAAAACAAACAGCAUCGUCUUCUCAAGUCACCACUCCACCUAAGUCUAACACAGCCGCUUCUUUCGGCAGUAAAAUAAUCAGCAGCACCCCUAAUUCGAUAACUUCGCCCAUACCAGAUAGUCAAACCAAUGGUUCGUCGAAAAUGCAGUUAAUGCCCAUCAGUAAGAAACGUAACUUCUCUUGCGAUAUUUCACCGGUGACUACGCAGAAAGGAGACAAUCCUAGGAGAUCUAACAAGUCGCUGACUACAAAAAAAUGUACGCCUAAACAUCAACAGACGGAUCUAUCGGGUAUUCCGAAAUAUUGCACGCCACCGAGAAAACAACACAAUGCCUCACUUGAUAUGAGCAAAAAUCGUCAGCAAAAGACUUCGCAGUAUUUGAACAAGAGUUUAACGAGUUAUCAACGAUGUUCCCCCAUUCGUUCGAAAAGUGCCGAAAAACAAGUACGGAGUCCUCUCAAAGACAGCAACAAAAUCUUUACUAAAGUAAAACCAUUUAAGUUGAUCUCUAAACUUAAGGGAAACGCCGCUAUCGAUUCCGCCGAAAAAGAGAAUUACUCGGAGCAGAGCGGUCUGAAAAUAUGAAGAUAGAAACAAUCGUGCCGUCGUAUAUCGAUAAAAAAAAACAUGUUAUAGAAAUAGAAAUAAAAAAGGGAAAAAGAAUCGUUACAUAGAAAUUGUUGAGGUAUAUAUAUAUACAUGCCUCACAACGAUUCUCUCUUCCCUUUGUUAUUUUUAUUUCUAUUGGAAGUUGUGAGGCAUAUACAUAUAUAUUUGUAUCCUAUAUGACGAUUUUUUAU